UGCCCCGCCCUGCCCUGCUCCGCCCUGCCCAUAAUCCAAAGUUCCAACAUUCGAAUCGGCUUCAUGUCGAUAUAUAUAUUUUUGUCCCUUCCCUUCUGGUUGUUCUUCUGCAGCAAAAUGCUGCUAAUUGCGAGAUAUGCCAUUGCCUUUGGUUGCCACAUCUUCUUGCGAGCCCUGCACCUGCUUUUGAGAUGUCUCCGUCUGGAAAGGGCUGCGCGGUAUUUGCCCGUUGGGGUGAAGCUGGUCAACGAGCGCAGCCAGGGCAGGUGCAAAAGGAGGGUCGCACUGGCGGAGCUGGCCUCCUGUGGCGUGGUCGUGUUCAAUGUGCCGAGCCGCUGGCCGGAACUGAAGCCGAUCAUUGAGUGCUGCAAGUCGUGCUGGAGGCGGGACCUGAGGCGGUGCAUGGACCGGGCCAAGGUGGCCAUCGAUGUGGCGCUGCUGUCGCUGAGCAUACCCGAGCUGGGCCCCUUCAUAAGCGAUGCCAACGAUCGGGGCGUCAAGGUGCGCAUCAUCGCCAGCACCAGAAUGAUCUGGGUGUACGGUCCGGUCAUCGUGAAGCUGUGGAAGGCUGGCGUGCCGGUGCGCCACACCUCCAUCGGCAUGGACGUGCACUACAACUUCGCCCUGGUGGACAGCGAGGAGCGCAUUCUGGAGCUGAAUCCCGCACUGGCAAAGUCCAGAGCAGGCGGCAGCCUGCUAGCGCGCCUGUUCAGGCCGGCACAGAGGGAGGACAGGGAGCAGUUAAAGCCCGAGCUGAGCGAGUUGCAGCUCUACAAAAUAUUCUUUGACCAGUGGAACAUGCUAGACCCCGUCGUCCCAGUAUAAAUUGCUUCCCCACAACCGUUCCACUCCACACACAGACAGCACGCUUGGCCGCUCCCCCCUUCUAUUGAUUGUUACUAAA